CCAACACCAACACCAACACCAACACCAACACCGCGAUACAUUCAUCUUGAUGUAUGUACCCUCCCUCCGUGAUCAAACGGCAUGCGACAUCUUCUCUCUGCGCCAAAUCGCACAGCGACAAACGCUGCCUAAAAGCUCAUGCACUCCAGAGACCACCACUACAGCCGGGCGCAUUUGCCAAACGCCCAAAAACACAAUUGGUCACUUCUCACAAAUGAGGCUCAGCUCUGUGCUACCAACACUCGCAAGCUUCAAUAGAAUCAUGCGGGUUAUGCACACACUCCGCCUCUUUUGCCGCCCAACCCUGGUUCAGCCGCAGUAUGAAAAUGGAACCUCAGCUUCUCACAGCGGUUAAUUCUUCCACUUCUUCAAUUGUAACACCACGUAAAAAAUGCCGGCUAGAAUUCAUGAGAAUUGCGUUGACUUUCGGGUUUUGAUAUGGGAUAAGGGGAAUGAGAAGUGGCUUCGUGAGGAUGUCCGACCGGGGGACUUUUAUGAGGGGGAGAUACCUGCGCUGUGGACUGAGUCGCAUGUUAUAGUCGUAUUCGCGGAUGCAGAUAAAGUACGCGAUUGUUCUUUGUGUAAGAAACGCUUCACCGAUGUCUUCUGUAUGCCUGAGCUCUGGUGGUCAAGCUACAGCCGUCGAUCAAACGGCUAUUUUGGAAGCGAGACAUUUCGCGAUAACAACGGGAUGAUCACAGCAUUAAAUACGUGGUCACGGUUUCUCGUCAAGCAAUUGAACCAAACUAACCAUCAAUGGCAUAAAUUCAACAUCCUAACACGCUGGAUAAAAGAUCCCCAACAAACAAUCCUGCUUGUCUUUGAAGCACCCAAACAACUGCGCCUGCGAGAUAGAUUCCCCGAUCCGCUGCUCAUAAACUCUCAUAACGACACGCUCAGCGACCCCUUCUGGUUCUACCCCCGUCUAUUCGAAGAUCUCUCUCUUCUUCAGGACAAAUCCGUCUGGGCAGUUCGCGACCACGUUCGCGGGAUUGAGAAAACAGAUCUUACACAAAAGCCUAAGCCUGAAUAUCGAGAUUUGCACAAUACUGCCAGACAUGCUAUUCACGUCUCGGAGACGCUUGAGGUUGCGGAGAAGACUAUCACGGCGAUCAUACAGCAGCAUAGCGCUUUUGAAGCGGAAGCAGCUGGGGGGAGUGGACCUGCAAAAGCAAAGUUUCAACAUGUAGGUGAACGACUACUGUGGUAUAUCCACAUUCUGCAAAGUCUACGCUGCAGAGCCUCCGCGAACAAAGAACGACUCCUCAACGAGAUCCAACUCGCGUUCAACUCAGUUGCCCAAUACGAUUCUCGUAUCUCUGUUAAGAUUGGCCAGGCAACCCAAUCCGACAGCGCAGCUAUGAAGACCGUAGCUUUCGUGACACUCACAUUCUUACCUGCUACGUUUAUAUCAGCGCUGUUCAGCAUGUCGUUCUUCAAAGUCGAUGACAAUACUGGGGUAUGGAGCGUUAAUGAGAAGUUCUGGGUGUACUGGGUGUUUGCGGUUCCCGCUACGUUGUUCACCUGGGGGUUGUGGUUGUCGUGGCAGUGGUUUUAUAGACCGGUUAAGAUCGGGGAGGAGGAGAAGCCUGUGAAGCAGUUUGGGGACUUGAUUGGGUUUGUGAAACGGGGUGGGACUGACGAAGAAUACCGGAUAUCUUGAGCUGGAAAGUUAUCGAAUAGGGAUGGGUCGGAUGGUGUUAUUGUUGGAUAUUGGGGUUACGACUUGGAUAGCUUGACAUUUUGAGAUGCACAUAAGCGACAUUCUAGCGUGUAUUGC